GCUUCCGACUGCGUCACAUGUUUAUAUUGCUAGUGCAUGCUACAAGCUCUAGUUAACCCGAGCAGAGGAUGUGUCCUGUGUAAUUGUUAUUUCAUGGGUCCAUCUUUAAUUCGCUAUACACUCGUUUCCAAGCGUAUACGCAGUAAAGUAAACAGUUCUGUUCAUUGUAUUGUUAGUGGUGAAAGCCUGUAGCUAACGUUUGCUAGCCAGUGAGCGUUAGCAUCACUGGUUUUAGCCAACACUGUCAAUCACUGGAUCGAAAAAAUAAAGAGAGCUCCAAAUGCGUCUUAAGGAGCCCCUGUCCUCGACACCCGCCAACAUGACGAAGCGGACAAAUAAACCACGAAAACCUCGUGAUGACGAAUCAUCAGAUGAAGUCAGUGGGUUGACUUGCCAGCAUGUGACAAAGGCUGUGGACUUAAGCUCAGUGAAGAAAUCUGUGUUGUGCAGCUUGUGGUUGGUGUGUUCAGAGUGCCUGAAGGAAAGAACCAUGAUCAACAGUGAACCAGCAGCAUUUCAAGACAUCUUAGUUUGCCUCAAAUGUGGUUUCCAAGCCUGUAACCACUCAGGGAUUGAACAUGCUGUCAAGCACCACCAAGCUUUUUAUCCAGAGUCUCAUUGUAUCACCAUAAGCCUGAGCACUUGGAAAGCCUGGUGUUUUGAAUGUAAUGAGGAGCUCUCCACUCAUUGUAACAAAAAAGCCUUGGCACAGACGCUGGAUUUUUUGCAGAAGCACUCUGUCAAGGCAACGUCAGCGACAUCCCCCAAAAUCCAGAAACUGAGAGAGGAACGCUCUGAUUAUAAUGAACCCUCAAGAGGUAAAAGCUCUGUCAUCAACAGUGCCUUGGUUCCUGUCAAAGGCAUCAAUAACCUCGGCAACACCUGCUUCUUCAAUGCUGUUAUGCAGAAUCUGUCCCAAACGCAUAUGCUCAUUGACCUCAUCCAGGAAGUGAAGGAGAAAGGGUACAAACUAAGGAUCUGCCCACCAGUUGAGAGCAAUCUGGCUCCAUUAGUAGCAAUGCUGCCCAGUCCUGAGCCCCUGACUGCAGCCAUGCUUCUCUUCCUUCAGUGCAUGAAAGAGCCAGGAAAAGGUCCAGUGAAUCCCAAGAUCCUUUUUAAUCAGCUUUGCCAAAAGGCAUCACGCUUUAAAGGGUAUCAACAACAGGACAGCCAGGAACUCCUUCACUAUUUGCUGGACUCCAUAAGAGUAGAGGAAACUAAAAGGGUGAAGGAAGGAAUCCUCAGGGCUUUCAACAAUCCCACUGAGAAAACAGCAAAUGAGGAAACCAGGCGCCAAGUCAAAGCAUAUGGAAAGGAAGGUGUAAAGAUGAACUUUGUUGACCGCAUCUUUGUUGGAGAGCUGACCAACACCAUUAUGUGUGAAGAGUGUGAACAUAUUUCAACGGUUAAGGAAGCGUUCAUCGACAUCUCUUUACCCAUCAUAGAGGAACGGACAUCAAAACCUUCUAACAGUGUCAAGCCAGUGAAAGGAAGUCGGGAACAGGAAACGAACGCUUCUGUCCUUUCCACUACAAACUCAGCCAACAGAAACACCAGGAAACUAAGUGGACAGAAAUAUCAUGGUCGGAGGUCUUCCAGUUUUAUGGAUGGAAAGGGGGCAGGCUGCAGCGUGGAACAACCCGAAGAAGAGGGAAUUGCAGGGGGAUCGGCCCGCUGGGUCUCUACUCACAAGGUGGCCACUUGUGGAAGCCUCUCAGAUGACAGUGAGAGAGGUGCCGGUCCACAGGACAGCAGUAAUGAUGCCGACAGUGAGGCAUCGGAGAGCGAGUGGGCCCCGCAUACCUCCUGCUCCAGUCAUGUCCAAUCUCACCCAACACCCACUGUCAAUUCUUUCGCUGUAUCUGUUUCUACCUCAUCAUCAUCCCCUUCCAAGCAAGGGGACACUGUAGAGUCGCUUGUAAGCAGUUUGUCAAAAGUCAGCCUCGGCCUUAGUUCAGGGGAGAGCUCGCCCCCUUUGCGAUGCUCUCCGGAAGAACCAGAGGAAAAAAAGUCCCGAGAGAAGCUCCACCAACCUUACCACCAGGGGGCAUUUCAGGCACUCUCCCAAAGUUACAAUCCCGGCUCCAAGGAAUGUUCCAUCCAGUCAUGCCUCCACCAGUUUACCUCAGUGGAGCUGCUAAUGGGCAACAACAAGCUGCUUUGUGAGAGCUGCACUGAACGCAGACAAAAGCAGAUGCGCAAGAACAGCUCAGCUGGUGAGCAAAAAUCACAGCAAGUCACAGAUAAAAAGGUGGAAAAGGUCUAUACCAGUGCAAGAAAACAAAUGCUCAUUUCCUCACUCCCUCCUGUCAUCACUUUGCAUUUGAAACGCUUCCACCAGGCUGGAAUGAAUCUACGAAAGGUGAACCGCCAUGUGGAUUUUCCUUUAAUCUUAGAUCUGGCACCAUUUUGCUCAGCAUCAUGCAAGCAGAACCUGGUGCAUGGCGACCGUGUCUUGUACAGCCUGUAUGGGAUUGUAGAGCAUAGUGGCUCUAUGCGUGGUGGUCACUACACUGCAUAUGUAAAAGUCCGCGCUCCCCAAAAAAAAUCUGAACAUCACCGGAAGUUGUCAGGUGCAAAGGACUAUAGCAGCAGUUCCCAGGGCCAGUGGUUUUACAUCAGUGAUACCACGGUCCAAAUGGUACCAGAGUCCAGAGUUCUUCUCUCUCAGGCAUAUCUGCUCUUCUAUGAGGAAAUGAUGUGAACAAAUUUCAUGCAGGACAUAAAUUUGACUAGUAUAAUGUGUUCAUCUCUUCUCAAGGAUUGGAAAAGGGAAAAGAUUAUACUCAUUUUCCAUCUGCUCUAGA